GAGAGAGAGAGAGAGAGAGAGAGAGAGAGAGUCACACACUUGAGCAGAGGAGAGGGUCAAGACAGUCCAAGCCGAGCGCUCCACUUCGUUACGCGCGGAGAAAUCACGCAGAACACCGUCCACAUCCGCGCCACCGAGCUCACGUCGAGAGCUGUGAAGGCACGGGAUUUAAGGAAUUACGCGACGCGUUGAGGAAUCGAUCGCUAAACGCGCGUUUUCGUGGAUUUGGUGCGUCUGGAGAGCUGUGAGGAUGCGCGCCUCGGUCCUGCUGCUGCUCUGCGCUCUUUACGCAGGAGACGCGCACAAACUCUCCGCGCUCACGUUUCUGCGUGUGGAGCAAGAUAAAGAAUGCAAUACGGAUUGUUCCGGAGCUCCUCGCAAGCCUCUGUGUGCAUCAGACGGACGGACCUUCAGUUCCCGCUGCGAGUUUCUCCGUGCAAAGUGCCGUGACCCUCAGCUGGAAGUCAUACGAGGGCCAUGCAAAGAUACGUCCAGGUGUGUGGCAGAGAAGAAAUACACAGAACAGCAAGCCAAGAAAGUCUUUCCACAGGUGUUCGUUCCUGUCUGCAACCCUGACGGCACCUACAGCGAGGUUCAGUGCCACAGCUACACUGGUUAUUGCUGGUGUGUGACACCCAGUGGCAGACCCAUCAGCGGCUCAGCAGUAGCCAAUAAGAAACCUCAAUGUCAAGGGUCCAAGAAUGGUAAAAUGAAUCCGAAGGAACCAGGAAAACCAGUUUCCUUGCAAAUCUUCUCCAUUCUAAAUGCAGAUCCACCGUUUUUCAUAGUGGAGACCCAGCCGUCUGCUGAUGAGGAAGACAUCACCUCUCAGUACCCCACACUCUGGACAGAACAGGUCCGCAGCCGACAAAACAGGACAAGAACACAAUCGACCUCGUGUGAUCAGGAGCAGCUGUCAGCACAGGAAGAAGCAAGACAACAUAAAAACGAAGCGGUUUUUGUGCCGGAUUGUGCUCAUGGUGGUCUCUACAAACCCGUUCAGUGCCAUCCCUCCACUGGAUACUGCUGGUGUGUCCUAGUGGACACUGGACGACCCAUACCUGGCACAUCCACAAGAUUCGAACAGCCAAAAUGUGAUGGAAAUGCCAGAGCCCAUCCAAACAAACCAAAGGACCAUUACAGGAGCAGACACCUGCAGGGAUGUCCAGGGGAGAAGAAGACAGAAUUCCUGACCAGCGUGUUGGACGCGCUAUCCACAGACAUGGUCCACGCAGUAACCGACCCGGCCGCUGCCGGCAGGAUGGUGGAGCCUGACCCCAGUCAUACUCUGGAAGAACGAGUUGUUCACUGGUACUUCAGUCAGCUUGACAAGAAUUCCAGCGGCGACAUCGGAAAGAAAGAAAUUAAACCGUUCAAGCGUUUACUGCGCAAGAAAUCCAAACCCAAGAAGUGUGUGAAGAAGUUUGUGGAGUACUGCGACAUCAGCAACGAUAAAGCCCUGUCUCUACAGGAACUGAUGGGCUGUCUGGGCGUCACUAAGGAAGAGGGGGCAAAAACAGGUGAAGGCACAACAUCUAGUAAACUGAACCUGUCAAAGAAGCAAGGUUGAAGUGGCCCGCAGCGAUUGUUUUCCCGCUCCCGUCCCGCAGAUCCUGCCCCCACCAAAACGACGAUGGAAACCAUAGUCUUUGCACUUUGUACUUUAAAACAAUGUAAAUUCACUUUUGUAGAAAAAUAAGGUAUUUAAACAGACUGCUGAAUAUGUGAAUGAUGUAGUUAGCAUUUUUAUGUCCUUACAACAAACAACAAAAAGAAUAAUAAUAAUUUAACACAUACAAUGUAUGUGUCCUUUGUGAGUCUAAAAUAAGUAUACUUUUCUGAGUUGUACAAGUUGUAUCACAUGUUGCAUUUGUCAAGGCCAUCUUUUGUGGUUCCGUAUUUCGUUUGUCUUUUCUUCUGCUAAUUUCUGGGUAGCUUGUAAUGCAUCUAAACUGAGUUUUUUUAGACGCCUCGAUUUAGUUUUUAUACCAAAUCCCAACUACUGCCUGAGCUUGGAAUUAUUACUGAUUGUAGUCCUGUACCACACAUGAAACGGUAGACAGAUAAUUUGGUUGAAAGUGCUUCAUGAUGAUUAGAAAUAAAGAAGUCUUUUGUA